AUGGCGCCAAUGACUCGCCAGCGCUUUCUGCGCUCCGUGGUCUGCGGUGCACAACAUCGGCUGCUCGUGCUUGCACUGGUGACUGUUCCUGCCGCAGCCAUCCCCCCAGGCAUCGUCGUCACCAGCAGCGCUAGCACAACAUAUACCAGCGGAGACGUCAUCGCACCCAACGCUACCGCUCUGGGCGCCCCCACGAGCACCUUCUCUAAUGCUCCUACCAACAUAGGUGCCGGUGGUCAGGGUGGGAUGGCGCCGAAUGGUGGCGUAGGGCCGGGUGUAGCGGGCCCUGGUGGUGCGGCAGGCGGACAAUGGCCUGGUGCAGGUGGUGCGGGUGAUGCAACAGGCGGACAGUGGCCUGGAGCCGGUAGCGUGGGUGCAGGAGCCGGUGGUUGGCGCAAACCGGACUGGGUCGACACGGCGCCGAAAGUGCGGAUCGCGCACACGGUCUUUGGCAUCACGGCUGUGAUGUUCUUCUUCCCAGUCGGAGGCAUUGUGCUCCGCGUGUGGGAGCACGACUAUAGCCCAUGGGUCCACGCGACAGUGCAGAUGGUUGGGUACUUCAUGUAUCUGUGCGCAACGGCGAUGGGAGUGUGGAUGGGGUCUGUGCAGGGAAAGUUGGUUGGCUUCCACCCCAUCAUGGGACUUACGAUUCUGGCCUUCCUUACGGUCCAGCCUUUUACUGAACUUGUCAACCACUUCCUGUGCUCGCGCGACCCUGAGAUCUGGGCCAAGAUCAAGUUCAUUGGAUAUGCGCACAUCUGGAUCGGACGCUUCCUGAUUGUGGCCGGCCUCAUCCAUGGCGGGCUGGGCUUCGUGUACUCGGCCAAGCUGGACCGCGACCUACCCAUGCGCCCAGGCCCCUGGCCGUUGGGCGUGCAUGUUACAUAUGGUGUUGUGGCUGGACUGGUUCUGGUGGUAUAUGUGUACUUCUGUGGAGUGAUCACACAGAUCAGGAAUAUCAGGAGGAUGAGUGUGAGCACUGGGGCACAUGGGGAUGGGCGCGUGGUCGAGAGGCAGAACUCGGAGACUGCGCAGGGCUUGAACUUCAGACUCGAGGAGCAUGCUUUCAGUGAUGUCAAGACCAUGGUCAGGAAAGCGAGCGAGAGUGCACAGGGAUCACAAGAGGCGGCUGGGGCCAGUGCUCCUCCGAUGGCACAUGGUGGAAGUAGCCAAGUCUCGGAGAGCACGGCUGUGGGAGAAGCGACGUCGACUCUGGUGCCCGUGGCUGGGUCGAAGUCGACACCGUCACCUUCAAGGAUGUCGAGUGUGAAGCGUAUCUUUAGGAGUGAUGCUUUGUAG